GCGGCUCCCGCUUCCCGGCUGCGCGUAGGUGUGCGGCGCGUUCCUGGGAGCUCGGAGCGCGCAGCUCUCGCAGCCCAGCUCGGCCCCCGCCCGGCGCCGAGCCGAGGUGUCGCCGCGCCCGCGCCCUGUCGCCGCCGUGCCCGCGAGCGGGAGCCGGAGUCGCCGUCGCCCGAGAGCAGCGGAGCGCACGGAGGCCGCCGCCGCCGCCAUGGCCACCACGGUGCCCUGCACCCGCUUCACCGACGAGUACCAGCUCUACGAGGACAUUGGCAAGGGGGCUUUCUCUGUGGUCCGACGCUGCGUCAAGCUCUGCACCGGCCAUGAGUAUGCAGCCAAGAUCAUCAACACCAAGAAGCUGUCGGCCAGAGAUCACCAGAAGCUGGAGAGAGAGGCUCGAAUCUGCCGCCUUCUGAAGCACUCCAACAUCGUGCGUCUGCACGAUAGCAUCUCGGAGGAGGGCUUCCACUACCUGGUCUUCGAUCUGGUCACCGGCGGAGAGCUGUUUGAGGACAUUGUGGCGAGAGAGUACUACAGCGAGGCCGACGCCAGCCACUGCAUCCAGCAGAUCCUGGAGGCCGUCCUCCACUGCCACCAGAUGGGGGUCGUGCACAGGGACCUCAAGCCCGAGAACCUGCUCCUGGCCAGCAAGUGCAAGGGGGCGGCCGUGAAGCUGGCAGACUUCGGCCUAGCCAUCGAGGUGCAGGGGGACCAGCAGGCAUGGUUUGGGUUCGCGGGCACACCGGGCUACCUGUCCCCGGAGGUCCUGCGCAAGGAGGCUUACGGCAAACCGGUGGACAUCUGGGCAUGUGGGGUCAUCCUGUACAUCCUGCUGGUGGGCUACCCGCCCUUCUGGGACGAGGACCAGCACAAGCUGUACCAGCAGAUCAAGGCCGGCGCCUACGACUUCCCCUCCCCCGAGUGGGACACAGUCACACCCGAAGCCAAAAACCUCAUCAACCAGAUGCUGACCAUCAACCCCGCCAAGCGCAUCACCGCGCACGAGGCGCUGAAGCACCCGUGGGUCUGCCAACGCUCCACAGUGGCCUCCAUGAUGCACAGGCAGGAGACGGUGGAGUGCCUGAAGAAGUUCAACGCGCGGAGGAAGCUCAAGGGCGCCAUCCUCACCACCAUGCUGGCCACCCGGAACUUCUCAGUGGGCAGACAGACCACCGCUCCGGCCACAAUGUCCACCGCGGCCUCCGGCGCCACCAUGGGGCUGGUGGAACAAGCCAAGAGCAUGCUCACCAAGAAGGCCGACGGCGUGAAGACCCCGACCAACAGCACCAAGAACAGCGCCGCCGCCACCAGCCCCAAGGGGACGCUCCCUCCAGCCACCCUGGAACCUCAAACCACCGUCAUUCAUAACCCUGUGGACGGGAUCAAGGACUCAUCGGACAGCGCGCACACCACCAUAGAGGACGAGGACACGAAAGCGCGGAAGCAGGAGAUCAUCAAGAUCACGGAGCAGCUCAUCGAGGCUGUCAACAGCGGGGACUUCGAGGCCUACGCGAAAAUCUGCGACCCAGGCCUGACCUCGUUUGAGCCUGAAGCUUUGGGCAACCUGGUCGAAGGGAUGGACUUCCACAGGUUCUACUUCGAGAACUUGCUCGCCAAAAACAGCAAGCCGAUCCACACGACCAUCCUGAACCCGCACGUGCACGUCAUCGGGGAGGACGCAGCCUGCAUCGCCUACAUCCGCCUCACGCAGUACAUCGACGGCCAAGGCCGGCCCCGCACCAGCCAGUCCGAGGAGACGCGCGUGUGGCACCGGCGCGAGGGCAAGUGGCAGAACGUGCACUUCCACUGCUCAGGAGCGCCCGUGGCCCCGCUGCAGUGAGGAGCCCGACGGAUCGUGUUUGGCGCCGAGCCGCCCUCAGCUCACGGCCUGCCUGUCGCAUGUUUGUGUCUGCCUCUUCCUCCCCUGGUGCCUGUGUCUGCAGAAAACCAAGACCAGAGUGGUUUCUUUUUAAAAACAAGAUGACAGCAACCACCACAAAAAAGAAAAAAAAAGGAUGAAAUAGGGAAAAAACCUAAACAAAGGAAAACGCUGUAAAAUGACUGCACUGGCGGGGCUGGAGCCUGCCGGCCACUCUGCACUGAGCUCCACUUGUCUGUCUGCUCCAGGCCUGCAGCCGGGCGGGCACUUGUCCACCGGGCAGGCCGAUCGCCCUCACGUGUUUGUUCGAUGGGGCCCACCCCCACCCUGCUGGCGGGGGGUCGUGUCAGGUGUCGUCUGGGGGGCUGCAGGCCACGGCCUGAGCGCAGCUGUUCCCUCUGCUUCUUUUCCCUUCCUCUACCCUCCCCCAAGGUGGGUGUGGGCUCCUCCCGUGCCAGCGCCCCGAUGCCCCAGCGUGGACGGGCAGUGCAGCGGCCAGGCCCAUCCCCGGGGAGGAUGCCUGUGAGAAGCUCUGAGGGCCCUGGCUGUCUCGGCUCUGCCCCCCUGCCAGGGGCAGGAAGUACAGAUGGGUGCAGCUAGCUUCAGACUCGGGGGGCGGCUACCCUUGGCAGCAGCCCUGUGGGGAGGGGACCUAUGGGCUGGCCUCCCUCCUGUCCAUGGGGCAUUCCUCCGAUACAGGGGGACGUGGGCUGGAGGGCCCAGGGCUCAGGGAGUGGUCCUGAUGCAGGAAGGAGGGGCCAGAGGGGGCGGGGGCUCCCUGGGCUCCAGGCCACUGCAGGGGUCUGCGCCCAAGGCAGUGUGCUCCGGGGUCAGGGCAAGCCAGCCACUUGCCAGGCUUCAGGGGGCUGCAGUGUGACGGGGACCCUGAGUGGGAGGAGGGGCUGGGCUUACUUCGGGGAGGCUCAGGGAUGGCCUCGUGGUCAGAUGGCGGCCGAGAGCAGCCAGGGGUGGGGGCAGGUCCAAUCGGCCUGGUCACAGAGAUCUGGGAUCCUCCUGCUCCAGUACCAGGCACUCUUCAAUUCACAUUGUUUUGAACAAAGAUUUUUUUAUCUCCCCCCAAAAUCAACCCAAGGGAGGAGCAUAGGAUGGGAAACAGGAGACUGUCCUUGCCACUCAGAGUGGACACUCAUCUGCCCACCCACAGCUGUGCUCGAGCAGCUGUCCCCACCCGUGGACAUGGUAAACAUCUGCCUGCCCCACGGGCACGGGCAGUGAGUGGCAGGGCUUGCCUCCUGCAGCGCGUGCCUGGCCACUCUCGCCUCCUGGGGCCUCCUCCCGCUCCUCCUCCUCUCCAUGGGACUGCCUGUCUGGGUUAAUUUGGGGAUUUUUUUCUGGGGGAUAGUUCUUUUGCAUGCCACACCCGCUCUCCCAGCUUGAUGUCAUGGUGUGGCCUCGCUGGCCCGCCCUGCAGGGGCCGGCGGCCGCGGUGCUGGCCGGCUUCCCUCCUCUUUUUGCUGAGUUUUGUUGUCUUUUCUUUCUGAGCCUUGUAAGUGUACAAAAAAUUAUUUUGUUCUGUCUCGGGAAACUGCAAAUAAAAGGCAAACAGGACA